AAAUGCACCGACUGAGAACUUUUUAAAAAUAAUUAGAGUCCACAUCCAUGGACCCAUUCUCGGCUACACUUAUUGCAGUGCAUAUUGACUGAAAUUUGCUUUUUUACAAAACGUGAUUUUUGUUUUAACAAGCUCUUCCACACUGUUAUAUUUAUAUUCCCCUGUUUUCUUAUAUAACAACAGAUCUUGUUCUUCCAUUUCCUACAAAGCCAAAGCUUUUGUUCUGUGUUCUGGAGAAACUGCGUUUUAAGCACAUUGAGCUUUGGGUCGACCUGGGAACAUGGCUUUUCUAAGCACAAGGGCAAUGCUGGUUUUGGGUGUAUCCAUGGCGGUCGCCCUCCACUGCGCUGCUGCGGCGACUCACACUGUAGGAGGAACCUCCGGGUGGAUUAUACCCACUACCAAUUCGCUGCUAUAUACCAGUUGGGCUGCCAAUAACACCUUCAAAGUUGGAGACACACUUGUGUUCAACUUCGCUGCAAAUGCCCAUAAUGUUCUUCAAGUGACAAAGACAAACUAUGAUAGCUGUACUGCGACUAGUCCUUUGAAAACCUAUUCAACUUCACCUGCAACUGUUAAUCUCACAGAAUCAGGUCCUCAAUACUACAUCUGUGGCUAUCCAGGUCACUGCACUGGUGGGCAGAAUUUAACAAUCACAGUCUCAGCAGCAUCAACAUCUCCAACCUCCUCUACUAAUACCAGUACCUCUACAUCCAAUGCUUCUUACCAUUCCAUUUCAUCACUAACUGCCUGGAUGGCCAUGCUCUUUGCUGUUGCUGCUGUAUUCUUUGGCAUACAAGCAUAGAGCAGAACAUGUCAUUCAUGUACUCAAUCUUUAGAUCAUGUAGGCAGGACCCUUAGGGAAAAGAGUUUUUACUUUAUAUCUAUGUAUUUAUCCAAAUAAUGUCCUAGAUUAUCUUUAAGGACUGGGUCUUUCAGUCUUUUGAAGGUUCUGAGCAGGUACAUUUUACACAUAUUUGCUGUUCUGACAUUAUUUGUUUAGGAUUCCUUUUGAUUUUGUACUGUGUUUUCAUUUAUCAUGAAUGUAGUGAGAUAAUGGAGUUUUAUCUGA